AUGUCAUCUAGUGUCCCUUCGCAACCUGUUGUUGUUCCUAUUCCCGCGGCCCAAGCCGCCGUUGUCGCUGCACCCAUUCCUUCGCCUUCCUCGUCGUCACUCUGGGACCGCGUCUCAAAAUGGGCAUCGGAGCAUAAAGCUGUUGUCUAUACAAUUGCUGGAGUAGCCGUUGUCGUAACCAGUGCAGGUGUUGUAUAUUAUUUAUCCGACACAGGGCGAGUAUCAGCUGCGGGACACGGCGAAAAGAGAAAGAGCAAGAAGGAACGUCGACGAGAGAAGAAAAAGGCCGAAGAGGAGAAAAAGGCAGAAGCCGCAAAGGCCCUGGAACCACAAUCAAAACAGUCAGAAGAGCCGGAAGAGCUCCCGGAAGUGGACGAGACGUCCGUUGAAGCAUUAGACGCAGAGACUCGGGCUCUUUACGCGAGCAGAUUGAAGGCCGCCGGUAACAAAGCUUUUGGCUCGAAGGACUACAACAAGGCAAUUGAAUUAUACGGCAAGGCAAUAUUAUGCAAACCAGACCCCGUAUUUUACUCCAACCGUGCCGCUUGCUACAAUGCCCUUAGCGAAUGGGACAAAGUGGUGGAAGACACCACGGCAGCAAUUGCAAUGGAUGAUGAGUAUGUCAAAGCCAUGAACCGAAGAGCAAACGCCUACGAAAAGCUCGAAAAAUAUAGCGAUGCGCUUUUGGAUUACACUGCUAGCUGUAUUAUAGAUGGUUUCGCCAACGAGACCAGCAAGCAGGCAGUGGAACGAUUGCUCAAAAAGCUGGCUGCUCAGAAAGCCAGUUUCAUUAUGGAAAAGAAGGGCAAAAAACUUCCGAGUGCCACCUUUGUUUCUAAUUAUCUUCAGAGCUUCCGACCGAAAUCAAAUCCAGAAGGCUUGAGCGAAGACACAGAGCUGGAUGAGGAGAGCGGCAUGGGCCAACUCCGAAAGGGUUUCCAGGGCAUCGCCAAGCAUACCAGUGAUGGCUAUGAAGAGGCUGCCCGCGCUUUUGAGAAGGCCUUGGAGUUAGGCGAGCUGGCCAGCCUCGAGCCGCUUGCGUUAAACAUGCGUGCCACCUUUACUUACCUCGCCGGUGAUGCAAACGCAGCUCUGAAAGACUUGAAUAAAAGCAUUGAGCUAGAUCCUCUUUUUGUACAAAGCUAUAUCAAACGAGCCAGUUUACAUCUCGAAAUGGGCAACCAGGAAGCUGCAGCGGAUGACUUCGACCUUGCCCUUGCGCAGAACAAGGACGAUCCUGACAUCUACUAUCACCGGGCCCAGCUGCAUUUUAUCCUUGGAGAACUAGCUGAAGCUGCUAAGGACUAUCAGAAAUCGAUAGAUCUGGAUCGAGACUUCAUCUAUUCCCAUAUUCAACUCGGUGUGGCACAGUACAAAAUGGGCUCCGUUGCGUCUGCAAUGGCUACGCUCCGACGAACGCUGAAAAAUUUCGAAAAUGUUGCUGAUGUAUACAACUACUACGGGGAGCUACUUCUUGACCAACAGAAGUUUUCUGAGGCUAUUGAAAAAUUCGACAGAGCUGUUGAGCUCGAGAAGAGCAACAAACCGUGGGGAAUCAAUGUGCUGCCUUUGAUUAAUAAAGCUCUUGCGCUGUUCCAAUGGAAACAUGACUUCCAAGAGGCUGAGAACCUUUGCCAGAAAGCUCUCAUCAUCGAUCCCGAGUGCGAUAUUGCGGUGGCCACUCUCGCCCAACUGCUCUUGCAACAGGGAAAGGUCUCGCAGGCACUCAAGUAUUUUGAGCGAGCGGCUGAACUCGCGCGCACAGAAGCAGAAGUCAUCAACGCCAUCUCGUAUGCCGAAGCGACUCGUGCCCAGCUCGACGUGCAAGACCGGUACCCCAAGCUCGCGGCACGGUUGGCACAGAUGGGAGGGGCACCUGGUCUUGGCGGGGUUUUCUAA